AUGAAGGACAAGCCAGAGGCGGAGGGCCGGCAGGAGGAGCUGACCCAGCGGGGGGCGAUGGAGAAGAGGGAGUUGGAGCUGCGGAUCGAGGAGAUGGAGGAGAAGGAGCAGGUUCUCCAGGCUCGCAUCGAAGCUCUGCAGGCCGACAACGACUUCACCAACGAGACGCUGGCCGCCCUGCAGGUGCGGUUAGAACAGCUACAAGAGAAAAGCAUAAAAGAAAACAACAGCCUGGAUGUGGACAUUGCCUCCCACCGACCAGUAGAGGAGGCUGUGGAGGAGAAACUGAGCCUGCAGACCCCUGAGAGCCAGGAGGAAGACGAGGAUGAUGAUGGGGACACUGACACUGAUGAUGGUGCAUUUGGUGAAGAUGAAGAUGCUGAUGACAACUGUCAUGUUAACAACAGCGGAGGAGACUCGACUAGAAUCCAACAGUUGAUUGAAUGUCCGCCAGUCAAACAGCUGAAGGAGGCUGUAAGUUCUUCCAUCCACAAACUGGCCAACUUUGAUGAAGUGAUGGAUGCCCACCUACAGAACAACCAGUCGGGAGAAGACGACAUCCUGGCCAGCCCUGACCGACUCAAAGAGAACCAGACCGAUGGCAAAGAGUCCGACAUGUCAGACACUCUGAGUCCCAGCAAAGACCGCAGCAGUGACGACACGUCAGACGGCAACAUGGACGACCAGGAGCUGAUUGAACCUCAGAACAGAGGAGCUCUGCUCAAAGCUGAGUUGAAUCGGGCCGGGCUAGAGCCUGGAGACACAGAGCAGGUCAUCCACCACCUCCACAGAGAGCUUCUGGACGCCCAGGAACUAGCCAACACCGGCAAGCAGAGAUGUCUGGAGCUACAAGCUCUGCUGGAGGAGGAGACGAGGAGUAACUCUAGGCAGACUGAAGAGUCCACCAAACAGAUCCAGUACCUGCAGACUCAGCUCGGGAAGCUGCAGGCCGACAUGGAGGGGCUGAGGGAGCAGAGGGAGAGCACCAUCUGCACCACCCGAGAGGAGCUCUACUGUGCCCAGGAGGAGAUUAUUGUCCUCCGGCACGCCAUGGAGGCGGCGACGACGGAGCGUGAGCGGGAGAUCAGCGCCCUGCAGGCCGACCUGGGCAGCGUGCGCUCUGAGCUGGAGCGCUGGAGGGACACGGCCGGGAGGUACGAGGGGGAGAUCAGCCGGCUGCAGGAGGCCUUCACACAGCAGCAGCAACAGCAGCAGAGCUCCGCCACACAGCUGCAGGCGGAAUGUGUUACGUUGAAGCAGCAGUGUGUGUGUUUGCAGCAGGACUGUGACGGCCUGAAAGGGGAACGGAAAGCUCUUACAGACAAACUGCACCGCCUGGAGACUGAGCUGAGCAGCACCAGGGAGCAGAGCCAGGUCCUCAGCAGCAGUCUGGAGUCUCUGGAGAAGAGGGAGGGGGUUCUGCAGGACAAACUGGGUUCUCUGGAGAACCAACACCUGCAGGACGCAAGCAAGCUGAAGAGCCAGCUGGACCAGGCCCAGGCCCACACACACACACUGCAGAGAGAGUAUGAAGACACACAGUCCCAGCUGUUGGACCUCCGUCAGCGCUACGAGAGGACAGAGAAGGAGAAGCUGAACAUCCACCAGGAGCUGGAGCAGUGCAGGAGCAGCCUGAAGCUGCUGCAGGACAAGACCAGCUCCCUCUUAGAGUUCAUGGCUAACAUGUGGCAGACCUGA